AUGAACUGGCUCCUGGCAUGGCAAAUACCCGUUCUGAUCCUAUCCCUGUGGAUCUUCACAGCAUACAUGACAAGAUCCUUCCCAACACUGGUCGGAAAGAGAAUAUGCCUCAUCAUCGCCCAUCCCGAUGACGAAGCCAUGUUCUUCGCGCCAACUCUCCGCGCUCUCACAAAACCCGACCUCGGAAACCAAUUCGUCCUCAUAUGCUUCAGCAGCGGCGACGCAGACGGACUCGGGCACAUCAGGAAAGAAGAACUAGUCAAGAGCGCCUUACACCUAGGCAUCAAAUCUUCCGACCACGUCGUCGUAAUCGAAGACAAGAAUUUCCAAGACUCCAUGACUGCGACCUGGGAUGCGAAACUCAUUGCCCAAACCCUGACGAAAUUCUUUGCGCCGAAUGCUUCGACGACGCCGGUUGCUACGAAUCUGGAAACGAGGAUCGAUGCUUUGAUUACGUUUGAUGACCGAGGUGUCUCGGGACAUCCGAAUCAUAUCUCGUUGUAUCAUGGAUGUGUGGCGUUUUUGCGGUCGUUGAUGCAAGGGAGGUCAGGGUGGGAGUGUCCGGUCAAGCUGUAUACUUUGACUUCGACGAAUAUGGUGAGGAAGUAUAGUAGUGUAAUGGAUGCUGCUGUUACGGUUCUGGCAUGUAUUUUCAAGACGAAGGAGAGAGGCGCUUAUCCAACACCUCUGUUAAUGGUCAGUCUGCCGGGAGAUGUGAAGAAGGCGCAGGAAGCCAUGACUACGGCGCAUAAGAGUCAGAUGCGUUGGUUUAGAUGGGGCUGGAUCGGAAUCUCGAGGUAUAUGGUCAUGAAUGAUCUGACCAAGCAAAAAGGUUUUUAG